CGGUGCGCUCUCUGGCACCCGUUGACUGGUCCUUGGCUCCCACAGACUGGGUUUGGAAUAUGUAGGUGUCGUCCGGGUGUCAUGGAGGGCAAGGGGGCAGGACCCAAAAAAGGAAGAGGGAGGAAGCUCAGCGGCUCCCUUAGGAGGAUGAGCGGCUCUUUCAAACGCGCGUCGCUGAAGGGUUCGGCGUCUGGGUCGCAGAAGGGUCAGAAAGCUUGGAUAGAGAAAACCUUUACCAAAAGGGAGUGUGUCUACAUCAUUCCCAACAGCAAAGACUCCAACAGGUGUUGCUGUGGCAAUCUCAUUAGUCAACACGUCUCCAUUCCUCCGGGCGGAACUGUGAAUAAGAGUGAGGAGGAGACGAAGCCGGUGGACGGACAGCCGGAGAAAUGGUCCGUCACCAAACACACGCAGGCGUUCCCGACGGAUUCCUAUGGGAACCUGGAAUUCCAAGGCGGAGGGCAUGCAAACAAGUCCAUGUAUAUCCGAGUGUCUUACGACACCAAGCCAGAUGCACUGCUCCAUCUAAUGGUAAAGGACUGGCAGUUGGAACUUCCCAAGCUCCUGAUCUCAGUCCACGGAGGGCUGCAGAACUUCGACCUUCAACCCAAGCUGAAGCAGGUGUUUGGGAAGGGCCUCAUCAAGGCCGCCAUGACCACGGGCGCCUGGAUCUUCACCGGAGGCGUUAGCACAGGGGUGAUUCGCCAUGUAGGGGACGCUUUGAAAGACCACUCCUCCAAGUCCAGAGGGCGGAUCUGCGCCAUAGGGAUCGCCCCCUGGGGCAUUGUGGAAAACAAGGAGGACCUCAUAGGGAAAGACGUGACAAGAGUUUAUCAAACCAUGUCAAAUCCACUAAGCAAACUCUCUGUGCUCAACAGUUCGCAUACGCACUUCAUCCUCGCCGACAACGGCACCCUCGGAAAGUACGGGGCGGAAGUGAAAUUGCGUCGCCAACUGGAGAAGCACAUCUCGCUCCAGAAAAUUAACACCCGGCUCGGGCAGGGCGUGCCAGUGGUCGGGCUGAUAGUCGAAGGGGGCCCCAAUGUCAUCUCAAUUGUUUUGGAAUGCCUCCGCGAAGAGCCCCCUAUUCCUGUGGUGAUCUGCGACGGCAGUGGGCGAGCGUCGGACAUUUUGUCGUUUGCGCACAAGUAUUCGGAAGAAGGCGGCAUCAUCAGUGAGUCUCUGCGGGAUCAGCUCCUGGUGACCAUUCAGAAAACCUUCAACUACAACCGGAGUCAAGCCCACCAGCUGUUCAUUGUUCUCAUGGAAUGCAUGAAGAAAAAGGAGCUGAUUACCGUGUUCCGCAUGGGGUCCGAGGGGCAGCAGGAUAUUGAGAUGUCUAUCUUGACAGCUUUGCUUAAAGGCACCAAUGCAUCCGCGCCGGAUCAGCUGAGCUUGGCACUAGCCUGGAACCGUGUGGACAUCGCGCGCAGCCAGAUCUUUGUCUUCGGUCACCACUGGCCGCCUCUGGGAAGUCUCUCUGCUGCAGACGGGUCCGGCCCGGAGAAGGAGAAGAAAUCACCCGUCCCACAAGUGAAAGCUCCCCGCGGGAAAGGAAAGGGGAAAAAGAAAGGAGGGAAGCAAAAAGAAGAGCCGGAGGAAGAGAUGGAUCCCAGGAAAAUCGAACUGCUCAAUUGGGUGAAUUCCCUGGAGCAGGCCAUGUUGGACGCACUGGUCCUGGAUCGUGUGGACUUCGUGAAGCUGCUGAUCGAAAACGGAGUGAACAUGCAGCACUUCCUGACCAUCCCUCGGCUGGAGGAGCUCUACAACACCAGGCUGGGUCCACCGAACUCGCUGCAUCUGCUCGUCAGGGACGUGAAGAAGCGGUCAUCUAGGGGAUUUGGAUGGGUUAACGUCGAGGGAAACCUGCCCCCCGAUUAUCACAUCAGCCUCAUCGACAUUGGCCUCGUGCUGGAGUACCUAAUGGGCGGAGCCUAUCGCUGCAACUACACACGGAAGACUUUCCGAACCCUUUACAACAACUUGUUCGGGCCGAAGAGGCCCAAAGCUCUUAAACUUCUCGGGAUGGAGGACGAUGAGCCUCCGACCAAGGGCAAGAAGAAGAAGAAGAAGAAAGAAGAGGAAAUCGACAUUGACGUAUUUGACAAUUCCCGAGCUGAGGUCAGCCGGUUCCAGUAAAUUCCCUUCCACGAAGUAUUGAUGGGUGUGUGGGCCGUGGCUGAUGAAACUUGGUACGAAGCGAUGGCCCUCUUCCUUUGGCAGCGGGGAGAGGAAACGAUGGCUAAGGCGCUGGUGGCCUGCAAGCUCUACAAGGCCAUGGCCCACGAGUCUUCGGAGAGCGAGCUGGUCGACGACAUCUCCCAGGACCUAGACAACAACUCCAAGGAUUUUGGCCAGCUGGCAGUGGAGCUGUUGGACCAGUCUUAUAAGCACGACGAACAGGUGGCCAUGAAACUCCUCACCUACGAGCUGAAAAACUGGAGCAACUCCACCUGCCUGAAGCUCGCCGUGGCCGCCAAGCACAGGGACUUCAUCGCGCACACCUGCAGCCAGAUGCUCCUGACCGACAUGUGGAUGGGGAGGCUGCGCAUGCGCAAAAACCCAGGCCUUAAGGUUAUCAUGGGCAUCCUCCUGCCACCCACCAUCUUGUUCUUAGAGUUCCGAACCUCCGAUGACUAUUCCUACCAGUCGUCCCGGGAAAACGAAGGCGCCAAGGACAAAGAGGAGGAUAAUGCGGAUGGAAAUGUUGAUACCGGUUCCCGAAAAGGCGAUGAAGAAGACGGAGAUAAAAAGCAGAGGAACCUUCCUAUUGGGACAAAGAUCUACGAAUUCUAUAAUGCCCCUAUUGUCAAGUUCUGGUUUUACACGAUCUCCUACCUGGGUUACUUGAUGCUGUUCAAUUAUAUCAUCUUGGUACGGAUGGACCGCUGGCCGUCGGUCCAGGAAUGGGUGGUCAUCUCUUACAUCGUGACGCUGGCCUUGGAGAAAGUAAGAGAGAUUUUGAUGUCAGAACCAGGUAAACUAAGCCAGAAGAUAAAAGUGUGGCUGCAGGAAUACUGGAACAUCACCGACUUGGUCGCUAUCUCCACGUUCCUGAUCGGGGCAAUGCUUCGUUUGCAAAACCAGCCGUACAUGGGCUACGGGAGAGUCAUCUACUGCGUGGAUAUAAUUUUCUGGUACAUCCGAGUAUUGGACAUCUUCGGCGUGAACAAGUACUUGGGGCCGUACGUCAUGAUGAUUGGGAAGAUGAUGAUUGACAUGCUGUACUUUGUGGUGAUCAUGUUGGUGGUGCUGAUGAGCUUCGGGGUGGCCCGCCAGGCGAUCCUGCACCCGGACGAGGAGCCUUCGUGGCGGCUGGCCCGCAACAUCUUCUACAUGCCCUACUGGAUGAUCUACGGGGAGGUGUUCGCAGACCAGAUAGACCCUCCUUGUGGGGACAACCUGUACGAUGAAGACGGCAAGCGCCUCCCGCCCUGCAUCCCUGGCGCCUGGCUGACUCCGGCCAUUAUGGCCUGCUACCUUCUGGUGGCCAACAUUCUGCUGGUCAACCUGCUGAUUGCCGUCUUCAACAAUACCUUCUUUGAGGUCAAGUCCAUCUCCAACCAAGUCUGGAAGUUCCAGCGGUACCAGCUGAUCAUGACCUUCCACGACCGGCCGGUGCUGCCUCCGCCGAUGAUCAUUUUCAGCCACCUCUACAUCAUUUUGAUUCGCCUCUGCUGCCGCUGCAAGAAAAAGCGAGAAGGGGACCAAGACGAACGUGACCGAGGACUGAAGCUCUUCCUAAACGACGAAGAGUUGAAAAAGCUGUACGAAUUUGAGGAGCAGUGCGUGGAGGAGUACUUCAGAGAGAAAGAGGACGAAGAACAGUCGUCCAACGAUGAACGGAUCAGAGUCACAUCCGAAAGAGUCGAAAACAUGUCCAUGAGGUUAGAGGAAGUGAACGAAAGGGAGCACUUCAUGAAAGCGUCCCUCCAGACGGUCGACCUCCGGCUCUCCCAGCUGGAAGAGGUCUCCAGCCGGAUGGCGAACGCGCUGGAGAAACUGGCGGGGAUCGACAAGGCGGAGCUGACUCACACGCGCUCGCGGGCUUCCUCCGAAUGCGACACCGCCUACCUCCUCCGGCAGAGCAGCGUGAACAGUUCGGAGGGUUCCAGUGUGUACCGGUACCACGUCGGGGGCGACGAGCUGGCGUUCGAUGACCUCCCCACUCCCUUGUCCCCUGCUUUGGGGCUGCGCAAAGCGGAUUCGAAACUGCAGCUGGUUCCGGAACGCCAAGGGAGCCUCCGUUCCGCCUCUAGCAGCUCGACUGAUCACCCCAAAAACACCUUGGACGUCACCCAUACUGUCUCUCGGGCCCGUUCCGGCUCGUGCUUUGGGCAGGAGCAGUACAGGGGCGAAGAGGCUGUCCCCCAAAGCCUCAGUCCGGUGGAGAUCAUGAUGAACGGACAAUCUGGAUCCAGGCCCGCUCUUCGGAACACCCACUUAGCCCUCGAACGGGCCAAAUUAGAAGCCGCCAUCUCCUACCCCUUGGACAAAACCAUAGCGAUGAGGUACUAUCCCUCGGAAACGUUCAACGCUUGUCAGGAGACCAUGAUGAAGUCGAGGAGUUAUAUAUUUGCGCAGGAGGGGCGGAUGGUGGGGGGCGUGAACAGCUGGACGACGGGAUACAGUAGCCUCCUGGACCAAGUGGGCCCAUCCACCAUUGAACAAUGGAUGGCCGAGUGGAAGUACGAGUUGCAGCAGAAGCUGACCAGCGAGCCCCCGCCAGAAUAUCCGGGCAUCGUGUCCGAGGCGGAGAUGCGGGCCGAACGGAAGCCGCUGCUGACCGACACGGAAGACGACAGCGACGUGGGCGACGUCUCCGCCCUCAGUGCCUCCCACCCUCCUUCCCCCGACCCCACCGAAAGCACCGACACGGACAACCUGCUGCCGGUAGAGUCCGACAGGACUUGCGGGUUUCUUCCCGUCCGAUCCAAGAGUUUACACAGCCAUUCUCGGAAGGCCAGGUCAGGGAAGGACAAGCUCAACCGGCCAGGACACGCCAGCAGCGUCAGCAACCUCGUGGUGGCCUGUGGGAGCGCGGCGGAGGAGCAGAAACUCAAGCCGGAAAAUGCCUCCACCGAGACGGAAUGCUGACCCAGGCCUUUCCUUGCCACCCCGCCAAACGGGUGUCUCUUUCUUGAUGGGUGACUUGCCUUUGGUAGCUCAUUGCAUUCUCUUUUGCAGACAACGUGCCAAGGUUGUGCUCCUUCUACAGAAGCCCUUCAUGCCGUUAGGUCCAAGGCAGGUGUGGCAUUUCUCCGCAGCUAGGAAUGCUCCAUGGAACAUCUGCUAGGUGUGCAGGAAGUCCCAGGCUCACUCCUUGCCAUGCAGGUUGAAAGGACCAGGUAGUCAGUGACAUGAAAGACCCCAGAGAGUCGCUGCUCCUCUUAGCAGACAGUGGUGACUUGAUGGGCCAAGGGCUGAUUCGUUAUGAAGCAGCUUCACAUGUUCAUACUACAGAAAUUAGUUCCCCCAGAGAUAAUGACAGCAUUGGAGAGGGGAGGGUAGACCACACAGCAUCAGCGUUGUGUAGUGGUUUAAGAGCAGGUGGGUUCUAAUCUGGAGAAUCGGGUUUGAUUCCCCACUCCUCCACCUGAGUGGCAGAGGCUU